AAGCUAUUUUCGAGCUGGGGAGAGCACUGGGAAAUGUCAGUGGUUAGACUUCGGGUAAGAGAUUAUAUCAGUCUGCGUACACGUCACCGCCGAUAGUUUCGAAUAAAGACAGGACAGCCUACCUCUCAAUGAAGGACUGAAGACUGUUUGAUGAAGAGUUAAAAGGGGAGGAGCAACAGCCAGAGAAUAUAUGGCUGUAUUGUCAUCCAUCAUAUUCAUUCACGACACGGCUGGACACGAUACGCGUGACUGAGGCAUUCGUAAUUUGGGAACCAAGCCAUUCAGGUGAGUCCUUCCGUGCCAUCCAGGGGCCAAUAUCAAUGGGCGGAAUGUCACAGGCGUGACAGAUACGGUGGGAGUCACGUAGACAUACAGACAGACCGUGACUUUUCCCAAGCAACAAAGGCUACAAUGUUAUCUCUGGACAUCAUUCCUGAUAUGGUUACAAGUCUGUCACGAAUCGCUCGCUUUCCUGAAACCGUCUGAUCUGGACUGUAUCGAAUCCUGUACGAACCACUCAAACCUCGAAGGCGCCACAGGUUUAAUGGAUCAACUGACACAGCUGAACGCCUGCUGCUUACAGCACGACGCGUGGAUACCCCCUGAGAUCUGAGGGGGGCCCCCAGACUCCCUCUGCGCCAAGGUCGCGACACGGAACCUUCAUCUAGCGCCACGUAGCAGGCCCAUUCGGCGCCAGCUGGGGGUGGGCGGGGAAACCCACCUGCCCCUCCUUCUGAUUGGAUGCCUGUCAUCAGAAACAGGAAGUAGACAAUGUGAGGGACGCCCAGUGUCCGUCAGGAGCUGAUGUGAUUGGUGGUUGGUGGUGAUGCUGCCUGAUGUCCGGUCUGGAGGUGGACUGAGUGACCCAACGGUGCCUUGUCCAUGUCCAAGGGAUCCUGCUGGACCGUGACCAGAGAGGGAGAGAAAGACACACUGUUGAUGCAUUAAACUGUACAGCUGCUCGGUGUGGCUGUCUGUGUGUUUGCCUUCAGCAUAGCCGAACGUCAGCGGUGAUACUGAGCUUCAAAGCACGCCUAAGGGAAUCAAAAAGACAGCCUUACACGCACACACACACACACACUCUCUGCUGAAGAAGACUCACACACACACACAUACACACAGUCACAUCUGAAGAAGACACACACACACACACACACACACACACACCAUCCGCCAAACCCAGUCUAUCUCUCUGCGGUGGGCUGUGCCGUGUGUCCGGUGGUCGCCAUGGAGAUGUCUCAGGGCACGUACACGUUCCUGGUGUGCUUCGCGGGCUUCUGGCUGGUCUGGGGCCUGAUGGUGAUCCUGUGCUGCUUCUGCAGCUCGGUGCAGCGGCGCCUGAAACGGGAGCGCCGGGAGCAGCUGCGGGAGCAGUGUCUGCGCCCGCUGGAGAUGGAGCCGCUGGGGGGGCACCCCUCGCUGCAGCUCGCCCUGCCGCUGCCACCACACAGGGAACCCCCACAGUUCUACUCCACGCACCCGCUCUCACCCCCAUUCUCAUUGUCACCACCCAGAACUGCCCCCCUCUGCCCCUCCAGGGGACUCGCCGUCUCCCACAGAGGAUAUCAUGCCCCACAAGUUCCAGUGGACAGUGACCCCUGUGGGCAGCCUCCAUGUUACGAGGAGGCCGUUCUGAUGGAAGACCCCCCGCCUCCUUACAAUGAAGUUCUGGCCGAACCCCCCCGCGCCCCUCCGGUCCUGCGAGCCACCCGGGACAGCAGCAGCAGCAGCAGCAGCGGCGGUGGUGGGGGGACCCUGAAAGCGCCGCCGCGCCCCCCCAGAGUGCCGCAGGAGCCUGAUAUCAGCAAGACUAACCCCGAGUCCAUGGGCCUGCUCUCUCUCCCGGGUCGCGGCUGCUCCACGCUGAUCCGGCUGCCCCCUGCCCCGCGGCGCUGGGACUCCCUGGGCCGACUGCCCGCCCUGGGGCUGGAGCACCGCGGCUUCCCCAUGGAGCCCCGGGUGUCCUUCAUCGCCACCAUGCCUCGCGAGGGCCGGACACACGCACACGGAGGCGGGGGGCUUGGUCUGCAGCUGCUCAGGGAGCUGGAGGAGGACUGCGGCCUGCCCACCGCCUACCCCUUACUGGGCCGCAGUACGGCCGUCUGAGGACCCUGACCCAUGGGGGACGGAGGGGGUAAACGGGUUUGUCAGCGGCAUGUCGGUGGAUCCUCACCUGGUCCUCCUGCUGCAGAGAGGCUAGUGCUCUUCUGUGGUUUGGGUCUGUUUUUUAGAAAAUGAAGAGACUACUUUCUUUGUGUUGCUCACAGCUCAAGUGAUUAAGGAGGGCUGAAGAGGAUAAUGCUGACUCUACUAGCACAUUUGUGCAGCCUGUCUCUCUCUCUCUCUCAAUCUCUCUCUCUCUUUCUUCUGCCUCUGUAGCCCCUCCACUGCAAUUGGAACUUCAGAACUAGAACUAAAAUGUGAAUUGCUGUUGCCAUGACUUCCAGGAACCUUUUAUGGGAGCAUCUGUUCUCUUGGGUCUUGAGCCCUUUCUCGCUCUGCAGUAUUCAAACCUGUAUCUUUUAGACUGACUAGCAAGAACAGGAAGAAGAACAAAAUUAUAUUUCUGUUACUUUACUUGACUGAGAAGAGACCCUUUCUGUUGUAUUUGUAUUUUAAUUAAUCUUGGUUGGAUAUGGACUAUGAGAUAAAAUAUGAGCCGAAAACAACAAGGGCACCUUUUUGUAUUAUUUGCCAAACCUCUUAUUUUCACUUUUAUUGUAUUUGACAAGCAUUUAUUGUCGCCAAUUCAUAAAAAAUUAUUAAUGAAGACCACUUGAGACAUAAUAAAUUCUGAACUGUGUUGCAUUAGUCAGACAAAUCUUUAACCUGAAAACCUGGGCUAUUAGUCUGAUUAAUUGUUUUGAUUUUUUAUGUAAUGUGUAAUGUAGGUUACUGUAGCUUGGCAAGGCUACUUGCUGCAUGAUGUAGUUAGCCAACAUUACCUGUAUCCACUUGUCUUACUCCUAAUGGUGCCAAGCUGAUAAGCUUCUGGUAGACUUAGAGUUCUAAUGUUGGUUUACAGAAGCAAAUGGUUUGGGCUUCAAUGAACUCCUCUGUUCUUAAGUAAUUUUAGUUCACCGUCUGAGAGAGCAUGGGCCAAUGCAAUAGUCUCCUGAUCUCUCCACACCGCUAGUCAUAGUGAUCUCUCCUACCGCUAGUCAAAGCCACAUUACAGCAUCUCGUCUUGUCGGCCUCGACGGAUGCAAUAGUCUCCUGAUCUUUCCUUACCGUUAGUCAUAGCCACAUCACGGCAUCUCGUCUUUGUCAGCCUGGAGCGGCCCUCAGCCUUGAAGCAGGGUGAAGGGACUCCAUCCCGUCUUUUGUUGCCUUCUUCUGUCGCUUUUUUUCCUGUUCUUUCUCACCCACAUUGUCCUGAGAAACCCCCUGCCACUUUGCUACACCCACAGGCUGCCAUCAUGUCUAAACGUCUUAACAUGCUAAAUGUGGCGUUCCGCUUCCCGCCCUUAUGUGGCGUUAAGGCUGGAUCAUCUCUAGUUGUCUUUGAUUAGAGUGUCCCCACCAUACACCUAAAAAGGCAGCAUUAGUGAACACAGCAUUAGCAUAAAGCAGAUGCAUACUGCCUCGCAAAACACUUAGUCUCUGACUUAGUCCAAUUUACUCUGCAUAUUUUGCAUCUGGAGAGAAAAACAACAUUAUGAAUGAAUAAACAUGAUAAUCCAGAUGACGUUACGACGAACGCUGUUAUUUUGUAAAUUUGCCGUUGAAUUACACAUAUACACAAUAUAAUGUUAGUGUAGCAACAUGGGUAAUCUACUGAUGUUUUUAGAUCAGAAGUCACCAAAAUGGGCUUUCCUUUUUUUUAUUUAGUUUUCAGUGUUCAGUCACCAAAUCAAUUUUCUCAUUUAAUGUUUUCUUGUAAUGAGCAGCUGAAAGUACAACAAAUACUGUAUAUUUGUGUAUCCCUGCUAAAGGCUAUUAAGCUAUUAAAUGCUAUAUAGCAUUCAGUUGACUAAAACUGGUAGUCAUGGUGACAUAAUGUCUGCUGGAAAGAAAUGACAAACUCCACUACAAACCCCAAACCUAACUAUUGUAAAUGUCUAGAGUAAUAAGAAAGCCUUUAAGCUAAUCCCUUUCAAUUUUAGCCUAACAGUUAGGCAUCAGUUAGACAAAGAAUAAAGUGGUGUUAACUGAAUAUCACAUUUUUAUACCAACAGUUGCACCCUUCUGGAAUAUACUAAUUACUAACUUAGACAAAUUGUAUUGUCAAUAAAUGAGCCAGACCGUUUUAAACGGCAACAAGGACACAAAUAUACACGCUAUGUGGAUACUUGUGUGAAUUAAGCUAUGUCUUCAACUGAAAUGAAACCUAUUUUUUCAGACUUUUAAGGUGGCAUCCUAGAAUAAUGUCAAGCACCUUAAUGCUACCAAGAGGACGCUAUUUUUUUAUAAUGGAAUCAGUAGAAUUGAGACAAUCAGUCAAAGGUGGUUAUUUAUCGUGUGGUUCAUCAAAUUUUAAAUCAAUUGAUGAAGAGGUUGAAACGUUUAUUUAGGAUUGUUAUAGCCGCAGAUGAAUGUCUGAUAUGUGAGGGUGUUGUUUAUGAUAAACAGAAUAAAAAAAAGCCCAACACAGUUGUGGUGUGUGGCAAAUCAAAGUUCAUGCUCCUCCUUGCGUCUCUACAUUUGAUUUAUGUACAUUUAUUGCAUCUCAACAAUUAUUUGAAUUCAAAGUGCCAUUUGAGGUGUGUGUGAUUUGAAACUGUGCUUACUUCAGUCCUUUUAAUCCUGUCCUCACCUGCUUCUUUUUUCCUCGCACGAGAGAUGAGAGACAGAGGUGCUCCUCUCUCUCGCUGUCUCUCGCUCUCUUUCUUUGCCUCGCUCAGUAUAUGUGUUGCUAGGAGACAGACCAGGAGGAGACCUUUCCGUGUCUGUUUACAUCAAAUUAGAGAGAGAGAGAGGGAGAAGGUGACGUUGGCCAUCCAUCUCAUGAUACUGCCAUAGCAGCGCACAGCCGUCGCUAGCACCCGCUGCUGUCGCUAACACCCACAGGUGUCUCUUACCACACUCUACCGCUCCACGCGGACCAUCUUCAUUUGCGCUGGAGGGAUGCUGCUGAUAUCUGUUGUCUGUUUUGAUGCCAUUCUGUUUGUGGCUCGGCAGAGUGAAAGGCAGGCUGCAAACUGUCCAUCUGGUGUCUAUGAAUGACGAUUAACAUCAUUAAUGCGGAAUAUCACUUGUUUUGUUAUGACGGACACUGGAGGCUAUGUUAGGGCUAAUGACGCACUAGUAAUGAUAGAAUGUGUCAACGUAAAAUCCUUUCAGACAGUGAGCAGUAACGCCAUCAAGAUACCUGACAUUUCUUAGUCUAAAAAAAGGAGAUAGCUGCAUUGACUUCAUCUUAUAUCAUCAAGCACAGAAAAUCCAGUUAUGACACCUCCAUCAGUGCAUGUUAAGCCACUGUAAUGGAUAACGGGCUACUUCAAUUUGUUUCAAAACAUAUUUCGACAUUUAUGUUAAAUCAUAUAAACUGUGAGUUUUUAUUCAGGGUUUAGCUUAUCCAUUGGAGUUUUUUUUUACAUUUCACAUCCCUCUGUUCCUGACAUUCCUCUCCAAAGCAACUGGCAGCAGAGAAGACAUACUUUGAGCUUAAUCAGUGCGGAGGGGACAGCCUGUCUGGACCAGGUCCACCUCUUAUCCGGCCCACUUCAGCACCAGGUCCAGAACAGACCUGGCCCUGAAUCACUAACACGCCUUUCCUACCAGUGUUCCACCAGGUUUAAACCUGUGUUGAUCUUCGGUGUGGAAGGGUCGACCCUGGCUAUUUGGCUAUUUUCAGUGUGGAAGGGCCGACCCAAGCUAUUUGACUCAGUUUCUCGACCUAUCUACAGCAUCUAAUGUAUGCGUGUUACUCUCUCUACUAAAUGACUACCCAGACAGAAACUGGUUCUGGCCCAGUUGUGGCACCGAUUUCACCCGGGACAGAACAGGCCCUGGUUGUGAUCCAGGUCCAGUCUGAAUUGCCACGACUGGGUAUAACCAGCGUUGACUGGCUUGGUCUUACUUGAGUAAACAGGGGUAACCCUAGGUCAGAUAACCCUGGUCCGAGCCACGUCAUUGGUCUGAGAGUAAUACAGCUGUGUGUCUCUAGGGCUGAAGCUGUUCAGUUGCAGAUGGUGUGUUCAAGCGCUGCAGAUGGUGUGUACAAGCGCUGCACUGGUUUUAAAGAGGGAGCAUCUCAAGACUCUACUACAGUGACUGACAUGGGCAUGGUGUUCAUGUUUGUUCUUCUCUCAUGAAUACUGUGAAAUGUUUACUUGAAAGCCUGUUGUACGACUUCCAUGUAGCAUGCAAUCUGCGUGUGUAUGAAUGUGUGAGCGUGUGGUUAUGUGUGUGGGUGAUGAUUCAAGGUGCAUUUUACUCCACUGCUGCUUCUUGCUCCAUUUCUAUAUGUGUCGACUGUAUUUGUCAUCUAGAGAUAGUCAUGGGCUGUAGAUACUCAUGAAAUUUGCCAUCAUCUCCAGAAUAAACUUUGAGAAAGGAGUA